CCUGUUCGCAACAAAAAAAUGCAUCGCCUUUUCGUUUAAUUGCAUUGCAUUUUGAGUUCGUUUUAUCAGCAAAAUUUCGCGUUUUCCUUAUCGUCUCGCUCUGGUUUCUCUUAUCUGUAUAUUUUUUUGAUAAGUAUUUUGUAAGAGUUGGAAGGCAAUCAAUCAUACAAGUCGGCGUUUAUCCGCUCUUUCUCAGUUUAAAGUGAUGAUUUUGGUGUAGGCUUGACCUGGCACACCGAAGGAUCGUUCUAGAAGGUGAUAUUCUUUUUUCGUAGAUUAUACGUACUAUAAAAGACCAAAAAUGCCGAUCAAUACUCGCGAGCUGAUGGAAGCCGUCGGGACGCUUACGGAUAAGGAGAGCAUGAGGGUCACGCUGAGGAGCAGUGCCAAGGGAGCGGCGGUAUGUGGGGCAAGCUGCUUCGUCGGAGGCUUACUAGGCGGACCCGUGGGCUUAGCCGUAGGAGGUACGAUUGGUGCCGUCAGCGCUGGCUACAUGAGCCGGGGUAGGUUCCGUCCCGUUAGUCACAUCAUCCUGCAUGAAAUGAACGACCGCGAACGGGAAAAACUUAAAAAUCAUAUUGUGGCUGCAUUGUCCGAGUUCCACCCCACGGAUAUGGCCAUGCUGUUGCCACUAUUGAUGGGUAACGUCGGGGCGCAGCGUGCCGUGCUUAGCACGGUGGCAAGUUUUAUUACCAACGAAAUGAGGCUGCAGAUCAUCGACUGAUACGGAACGGGUGCUUCUCUAAAUGGUGCAAAUGGGCGAAAUGUUAAUGUUUUAAGAAAAGACGAUAUGUUAAACAAAAUCGUAUCGUUAGAAAUUUGCGUUAUAAAUAAAAAUGAUUUUAUAGUUUUAUAAAUGCCAUCUUAUCUCGUCAAA